GAGCCACCUAAUUACUUGCUUCCGUGUUUUCGCAGCAGUCUCCAAGAGCUUUUUGUUCCGCUGAGGGUGUUUUUCAGCGUUCUCAGCGGCCACACAGUCAAGAGAAGCUUUAUUCCUUUUCAUUGUGGUAGUAAUGGUGACAGAUGGAGUCCUCGCACGGGGAUCCUUUGGAUGGUCCACUCAGGGUAACUUCACUUCACUGUGUCCUAAUGGGACAAAAUGGGUCUGGGAUGGACUCGGCGAAUGUGCCCAGGGCGCAAGAGAUAUGGCCAGUAUCUACCUAGGCCUGCUGUCCAUUCUCUGCUUCAUGGUGUCUUCGCUCCCACAGUACUAUAGCUCCUGUAAAACAGGGAAUAUGGACAGCGCCCUCUCUAUUUGGUUUCUGCUGCUGUGGUUGGGAGGUGACACCUGCAAUCUGGUGGGCUCCUUCCUGGCCGACCAGCUUCCACUUCAGACGUAUACAGCAGUUUAUUACGUUGUGGCUGAUUUGCUGAUGCUGGCCAUGUACUUAUACUACAAGACAAGGAACAGUCUAUCUGAACGCAGGAGGGUUUUAAAUGUUGUGGGUGUAGUCUGCGUUCUGGGCUUCACCAGCAGCCUCGUCCACCUCCCCGGGUUAGGCACCCAACCAGAAAUGAUUCCCUCUGGGUUCAGAGGGCGUACCCUGCUCUCAACCUCUGAUGUUACCCCCAUCAAGGCUUUUACCACUAAAGAAAUUAUUGGUUUCACCAUCGGCUCGGUGUCAUCAGUGCUCUACCUCUGUUCCAGACUUCCCCAGAUGUACACUAAUUUUAUACGGAAGUCAACAGAUGGAGUUUCUUACUUCCUGUUCGCUCUCGUCAUUUUGGGAAACACCACAUACGGCCUUAGUGUCCUACUGAAGAACCCUGAUAAUGGCGAUGGAGAGAGAAGCUACCUGGUCCAUCACCUGCCCUGGCUCAUCGGCAGCCUCGGCACACUCUCCUUAGACGUAGCUAUCUCCUUCCAGUUCUUGAUUUACCGCAAGGCUUCGGCACCGGAGGACAGCAGCCACGAUGAGACGAGGCCACUGAUUGGGAGCUAAACCUUGGAGCGCAGAGUGUAGCGGUGGGACAC